AUGGGCGCCGUCGCUCCUCCCAAGAACGAGGAUCUCCCUCCUUCAGACUCGCCUCACCUCGACGUCGUACCAGCCACCCCGGAAGAACAUAUAGAGACCCUACGACUAAACAGCAAAGCCUGGCAGGGAGCACUGACGCUGGACCAGUACCUCGACCGUGAGAAGCGACUAUCGAAGCAAAACCUCACCAAGAACGGCUCACUCACGUGCUGGAUUCUCGUGGAUCGCAGACAGACUCCCAAUUCACGAUUGAUUCUGAGUUCGUGCGAGACAUAUCGGAAACCCGCAUAUCUCGCAUACCGCGGCAAAGUAGAGGAUAUCAUAUGCCAUGGAAUUGGUAGCGUUUUUGCGCGCUCCGAGUUUAGAGGUCGUGGGUACGCUGGACGUAUGAUGGAAGAAUUGGCCAAGAAGCUGGAUAGUUGGCAAUCAGAAGACCAAGCGCGAAAGCAAGGCUUGUUUUCCGUGCUUUUCUCUGACAUUGGCAAGAAUUACUACGCAAAGUAUGGAUGGAAGCCAUUCCCGUCAUCCCACAUCUCACUGCCGCCACUGUCAGAAAGCCAGUUCCAGACAUCUCUGGAAACGGCAAAAUUCCCCAAGGCAAAGGCAUUGACCGCUGAAGAUGUUCAUGAAUCCAUGUGCAGCGAAAUAAAUGAGAAGAAGAAUAGGAACUUCCUUCAGGUUGUUUCCGAGAAGUCUCGCAACAGCGCCAAAGUAUCUAUUGCGCCGGAUUAUGACCACAUGGAAUGGCACUGGGCGCGAGAAGAGUUUUAUGAAGAUAUUGGUGUCUUUGAAAAAACGAGCCCAUCUAUACGAGGCGCUGGCGUCGAUCACCACCACGUAUACUGUGCUUGGGUCCGAAAUGUCGGCGACACUCCCUCGAGCCACACCCUAUACAUCUUGCGAUUGAUAUACGAUGAACCGUCGUCGCCGGCUGAGGAACUGGCUACCAUUGAAGCAAUCGCCGCUGUCUUGCGUCAGGCCCAACUCGAGGCAUAUAAACUCAAAAUGCGCGACGUUAAUUUCUGGAAUCCAUCGCCUUUGGUGGAGAAAGCGGCCAAGUUGCUGGAUCAGAAUGUGAAAGUGGUGCAUCGAGAGGAGAGCAGUAUCAGCAGUUUGAAGUGGAAUGGCGCUAGCCAGGGACUGGGCGAUGAUGUUGAGUGGCUGUGGAAUGAAAAGUACAGCUGGUGUUGA